AUGGUAUUAAAGAUUCGCAGACGGGUGAAAAAUGUAGCAUUGAAAUAUACAAAUGCACAAAUUAAAGUGCGAGAGGUCACGAGCAAUGAUCCAUGGGGUCCAACAACAGCAUUAAUGUCAGAAAUUGCUGAUAUGACACACGCUUUAAUUCUAUUUGAUGAAGUAAUGUCCAUAAUUUGGAAAAGGCUGAAUGACCAAGGAAAGAAUUGGAGACAUGUCUAUAAAAGUUUGGUUUUGCUUGACUAUCUGAUUAAAUGUGGAAGUGAACGAGUAGUAAAACAAUGCAAAGAGAAAAUUUCUUCCAUUGAAAUAUUAAAGGAUUUUCAAUACAUUGAAGAAUAUCUUGAUCGAGGAUUAAAUGUCCGAACAAGGGCAAAUCAACUGGUUGCCUUAUUAACUGACGAUGAAAAACUGAAAAGUGAAAGAGCUGGUUAUAUGUUAAUUCGAAGACCUCUUAUGAAUAUUAAAACUUCUGUAAUUUCCUCUGAUGGGACAAGUCGUAGACGAACAAUCGAUUCUAAUGGUGGACCUGUCGAUCCAGAAUUUAAAGAGGCUAGGCCUUCCUCUUUGGGUGAAGAGGAAAUGCAACUACAAAUUGCUUUGGCGCUUUCUAAAGAUGGCGAUGGACCUAUCGAAUUUGAAGAAGCUAGGCCUUAUUGGGCUUCUUUGUUUCUGUUUAUUUGUCAACUUUUAACUAAAUGA